AUGUCUGUUGCGGGCUCUGAAGGACGAGACAGAGUCCACAUCCAAGAACAGCCCUCUGAAUCUGAACGGUCAACUGUGUCUAACCAGGAAGCUGGUGUGACAGAGUCUGUUGAGAUGGUAAGAGUGAGUGGUGAUGUUAGUGAACAAACUGAAGUGCUGAAGUCAGGAUGUCCUUUAUCCACACCUGCUGAUAAUGUUGACAAACAGGAAAGUGGCUUUGAUGAUGAAGGGAUGUCCUAUGAAUGUAGUGACAUUGAUGCGGUGGGUAGAGUGAAGACACCGUCUGGUGAAAGGGCUGAUCAUUGUCAAGUAGAGACUACUAGUGGAGUUGGUGGUGUAAUUGAAAGACAGACAGCUGAUGACACAACAAAUAGGGCUUCUGAAACAAGCCAGAUGAACUUAAUGGACAUUGACAAAGACAGAAGCCAGACAGUUAUGGAGUCUGGUGAUACUGAGAGUUCCCCAGUAACGUGUCCUGCAGUUAUGGAGUCUGAUGUAACUGAUGAUCCUCAUGUAACAUGUCAAACAGUUAUGGAGUCAGAUGUUGCUGAAAAUUGUGAUGUGAGGUGUCAGAAAGUUAUGGAGUCCGAUGUGGGUGAUAAUCAUCAAGCUGCCCAUAGAAAUCUUCCAGGCGAUCCUGGGUUAAGUUCAGGGCAUGGUGACAGUGUAGUCUCCAACAAUAAUCAAAAUGCUGUUGUACAGCCGACAGGGACAGAUGUUGAUAAGGGUGAACAAUCUGAUACUGCUGCAAUUCAUAGAUCAGAUGUUUCAGAUUCAUGUGGUGUCUUGGCAGAGGGGUCUGUUGUUGAAGCAUCCUCGUGUAAUGAAACAUCAAACCAAGUUAGUCAAGCUGUGGCCACAGGCAUGAAGGAAUCACAGAGGGAAAGUGUUGUGAAUUUGAGUGUGGAAACUGAUGCAAGUGGAGAUCUGUCUGAGAAGCAGACUGAAGCAGACGUCAACACUUCCACUGCUUCUGCUGGGAUUGUUGACACUGCACAGACUCAGUCUAGUGAAGACUGUAUGCAGGAAGUGAAUGGUGGACGUCUCAAGGAAGUGAGUGCUGGACAUGGCCAGGAGGUUAGAGUUGGAGAAGUCAAGGACGUGAGAGUUGCAAAUGACAAAGAAGUUGAAGUAUUAGAUGUUCAGGAAGGUAGUGUUGGAGACACAACAGCAGCACAUGCAGAACAGAAACAAGAAACAGUAAUGGGUAUGUCUGGAGAUGCGGGCAACCAUGACAACACACUCAAAGCAUCUGGUCCAGCUGCAGAUGAACUCGCCCCUAAAGGUCCCCCACCCUCCUCCCCAUCCACCUCCACAACUUCCUAUGUGACUCCGCUGGAGAUCAUUGCAGCCCUCUGCCCAUACUACUCCCCAAGCUCCAAGACUGCUCGGCAAAAUGUGUUAGAAAGGACUCCACCAAAGAGGCAGUCUGAGACAGUCUUGCGUGAACUAAAACCAAAAUCACCUUGUAAGCUGAAUAAGCCUGAGACUGAUCUUCCCAAACCAGUUUCUCCUUUCCUCCCAAAGAUGGUCUCAAAAAGUCCCAAGAAUAAGAGAGUUGUGGUUGGAAACAGGACAAUUCUGCCAAAAACAUUUGUGCUGGAUACCAAAGAAUCACCUACGAAGAGGGCAGCUAGAAGCUUACGGAAACGAGCUCAGAUGAUUUGUCAGAGAACUAGCCCAUGUAAACUACUCCCUCAAACUGACUUGCAGAGGAUCCAAAGAAUGCAGCUUUGCCCUCUCAACAAAUCAUUGUCAAAUAUCGGGCGGUCGAAACGAAAGCAGGCAACUCCAGUGCGCAAGCUGCUGCAUAACUCCUUGAAACGUUCCAACAGUGAGAGUGAUGAUUUAUCUGAAACAGAGGAAGGUAGAAAGUCGGAGGAAGGUCCCAGAUUGAGGACCGGACCUAAGCGGAAGAUAUCUGAAGUGGAUGGGAAGCAGGAAGAAAGUGAUGGUGGUCAGAGCGAGAUGGAAGAUUCUGUGUUGUCUCAGGAGGACAGCCAGAAUGAGGAUGAGGCGGAGGAUGGGCAGACGGCAGACAAGAACCAUCUCGAUAUGCUGAUGGCUGCUAGCACUACACUCAGAUUUGACCACAAGAAAAACCGAGAGAGGAGCAAGAGCAAAACGAGGAAGAAGGAACAAACACUGGCCAUGUUGGCGCCAGACCUCUUGGAGAUGGAUCCAAGGAAAGACGAGAAGGACACAGCGUUCGCCCAGGCGUACCUGGACAGGGUUCGGGACAGCCUGAGUGGAAACCUGCAGGUGUACGAGGAGUUCCUCACACUCAUGUACAACUUAGGAAAGGAUGGACUCUCAGCUGUCGAGGUGUACAAAAGUUUGAGUCAGUUGCUGAAGGACUUCCCCGAGCUGCUGGAUGACUUUGCAGGGUUCCUUCUCCCGGAACAGGCUGUCAUGUGUGGCUGCUUCAUGAAGAACCAGGAAGUCAGCAAGGCCAGGACACUCCUCAGAAAACUUGAGGUCUCGCUUCACUUUCCCCGAAGCCGCUCACCCCCGCCGAGCCUGCCGAACCGACUCACAUCGCCGAAGCCGCUCACACAGCCGAAGCCGACUCACAUAGCCGAACCGCUCACCUUUACCGAACCGCUCACCUUUGCCGAACCGACUCACAUCGCCGAAGCCGCUCACAGCCAGCCACAUAGCCGAACCGACUCACACACAGCCGAACCGCUCACCAUGCCGAACCGACUCACCCUGCCGAACCGCUCACACGCCGAGGCGCUCACCAGAACAUCCUCGAAUGAGUUCAGUUGA